CUAUCGUAUUCUGCAACUACUAUUCCAUGUGUAUGUGAAAUUCCCAUCUAGCCAACUAGGCUUAUUAAAGUUACAGAUGAACAUAACGGUUAACAUUACAAUCCAAAUGUUUAAAACGUUUUUCUUGAAUUCAGGUGUUUCGACUAAGGCGGUCAUUGGUUAUUGCCACCGACAUAUGCUUAUGUGCACGAUUUAAUUUAACUUAGUUCGAAGUAAUUUCUUUAGAAUUUUCAUAACAAUUUCUUUGCAGGUAAUAUCAAAUCACCUUUUCAUCGCGUACUCAUAGCGCAAAUAUUUCGUAUGGAUUUUGCCUACAUGCAGCUACGUCGGGCAGCUUCAGAAAUUCUGGGCAUAUCUCCAGACUCUGUCGUUCAGCCUACGGUGGAGCAACUUGCCGACGAAAACAAUGAAAACAAACCUAUUCUCGUGAUUACACAACCAGAAAAUGAUCCAGGUACCGAAAUAAAAAGUGUCGCAGCUAAGAAAAUCGGUCUCGAAAAAUACACGGAGCUUUCCGUAGGUCGCGGAAUGGAAUGCCGUGCUUUAAAUGCCAUACGUCAAGCAGCUGAAGUAGGCAAAUGGAUUUGCAUUAAAAAUGUUCAUCUCAUUCCCGAUUGGUUACCAGUGCUUGACCGAGAAUUGGAAGUUUUGCAGAAACGCGAUGGUUUCCGCCUUUGGCUCAUUUGUGAAUCAACGCGUAGGUUCAGCGAAACGAUUAUGUACAAGUUUGUGAAGAUUUUAUAUGAAUCUCCAAGUGGUAUUAAAUACAAAGUUCGUCGUAUGUUGCAAAACUUUACGUUAAGUGAAUUUCGUGGAAUAUCUAGGGAGGCGAAGCUAGUCAAAAUACGUUUUGUGGUUUUUAUUCUUACCGCGGUGCUGCAGGAACGUCGCAAAUACAUACCACAAGGUUGGUCUAAAUAUUAUGAGUUUGGAGAAGCUGAUUUAAAAGCCGCAAUGGAAGUGAUACAUUGGCUAGACUCCAUGAUAUCUGCCGGACGUUGCGAUUGGUUCAUUAUGCAAAGGUUAUGUGAAAAUGUUGCUUUCGGUGGACGUAUCAACAACACCCGUGACUUGCAAGUGCUGCAACGGUAUUUAGAAGAGUUUUGUUCUGCUGAUGUAAUGAACAAUUAUUGGAGUCCAUUGAAUACCAAAAUGAUUGUCCACACAAGUGCACAAGUGCUGGAUUAUUUAAGCACGAUUGCGAAAUUCCCAGACGCGGAGGGUCCAGAAGUAUUUCAGUUGUCGAAUCACACGAAUGUAAGCCGUGAAAUUGAGCAAUCAAAAAAAAUUAUUAGGGAUCUACGCAGAGCUUAUUAUAAAACAGAUAACGCGGAAGAAACAGCUGGCCCUGAUCAGGAAAAGAAUGAAUUGGCUCAGUUAGAGAAACAAAUUAAACCGGUGUUAGCACUUUGGCGCAAGUUGGCUGGUAAAUGUACCGUGCAACGAACCGCCGAUGAAAUGCGGGAAUCUACGCAAGCAGACUCGCCUUGGCAAUUAUUCGUUAUUAGUGAGUUGAAAAUAGCGGUUAGGUGUUUCCAGGAAGUGCACCAAACACUCUCGUUGAUACACAAUUGGUUCAAGUCAUUUUCUAGUAGCACAAAUUCAGAUAUAGACAUAAACUUGUUGCGAGUUUUGGCUGAAAAUCAGGUUCCUGUUUCAUGGUUACGCUGUUGGAGCGGUCCGUCAUCAACUGUUGAUUACAUACGGGCAAUUAUUGUGCGUGUGCAGGCCGCCGAACUGCGCUAUCGUUUGGAACUACAUUUAGAUUUUGGACACACAAUAGACCUCAGAUCCGUUUUCCAUGUCGAAAGAUUACUUUCCAGUCUCAAACUUACAAAUUCACAACAGUUGGAAACAUCUUCCAAAGGGCUCAAGCUGGCGGCCUACGCGGUGAAUGGCAAUGAGCAAAACAGUGGUCAAUCAAAUGUCUCGGUUAUUACAGUGGCACCACUGAAGGUAAAUGUUAAUAAUGCGACACCUCGUCGUUUUAUGCAUUUGUAUAUUUUGCUUAUAGUAAACAAAUACAACUCACUCCACCGAGUAAACGACCUCUCUGAACGCAUCUCUGACGAACGGGGUUUUAGUUGCAAA